AUGGCGAACCAGUCCCAGUGCCUGGAGGACGCGCCCGGCCGCUGGCCCCCCGGGGAGCCGAGCUCGCCCGAGCUCUACAGCGAGGCGCAGCGGCUGGCGCUGGAGGAGCUGGUGGCGGGCGGCCGGGCCGCUUUCCGCGCUUUCCUGCGCCGGGAGAAGGUGCCCGGCUUCCUCUCGGAGCCCGAGAUUCAGGUCAUCCUCCAGGCGGCUGCGCCGCCGGCCGGGGCCGAGGACGGGGCGGCCGAGCCCUCGCUCAGCGCCUCGCUGGACUGCUCCUCGCUCACCUACUUCCCCGAGCAGUCGGACGUGGAGCCGCCCGUGCUGGAGCUGGGCUGGCCGGCCUUCUCCAGCGGCUCGUACCGUGGCCUCACCCGCGUGGAGGCGCUUUUCCAGCCCAGCUUCGGGGAGACCAUCUACAGCUGCAAGGAGGCGGUGCGCAGGCAGAUCCGCUCGGCCAGGGAGGUUAUUGCUGUGGUUAUGGAUACCUUCACAGACAUUGAUAUCUUCAAAGACCUUCAGGAAGCCUGUAGCAAGCGGAAAGUUAGUGUGUACAUCCUUUUAGAUCGUGCUUCAUUUCCCCACUUUCUGAAAAUGUGCAGAAAUCUAGGAGUUGAUCUUGAGCAGGAGAAGCUGAUGAGAGUUCGAACUAUAUCGGGAAACACUUAUUGCACAAGGUCAGGAGUCAAAAUUGUGGGGAAGGUCCAAGAAAAGUUUAUCUUGGUUGAUGGCAUAAGAGUGACAACAGGUUCCUACAGUUUCACAUGGACUGAUGGGAAACUAAGCAGCAGUAACAUCUUGAUUCUGUCGGGCCCAGCAGUCGCACACUUUGACCUGGAAUUCCGGAUCCUUUUUGCACGGUCAAAGCCCAUCAACCCCAAACUGUCAUCCGGUUGCAAGAAGAGUGGAAUGUUUAAUCAGCUGGUUAGAAGAACAAAGGCUUCCAGUGACUUGAUGAAGGAAAACUUCUUGAGAAUGGAUUUUUUCUACCUUAGAGCAUUUGUAGGAAACAUGAGAAGGAAACAGAGCUUCUUGUAUGCCUCCAGGGAGGCAAAGUGUGAGUCAAAUAUCAUCAUGCAAGCAUCUCCACCGUUGACUGAGAGGAAUGUCUCUGCAGUCAUGAGGCCACGUUGGAGCAUAGAGAGGUGA